GUCGGAUUCUCUAAGUCUGAGUCUCUUUGCUCGUGAUAUAUUUCACGAGCUGGUUCAGUGCCUGUGUUAAAAUUUUUUUAUAAUUUCUCAUUGAAAGUUUCCGCCGGUCGGAUACUUUUCUUGAAAGUGCAUUAUUACCAUUCUCUACGUCAGCGCUCGCGAUACUCUACGGAUAACCUCCCAAACGUCGCCGAGUUUUAUUAAUUAUUUGUGUCUGAGAUUAAUUACAUCAUAAUGGCCGCUAUCCAGCUUUCGUUCACUCUCCGCACCUCCGCAAAUGUCAAGACCGUCCACCUGCUCGGGUCUUGGGACAAUUACUCUGGCCAGCUCCCGCUGUCCAAGGACUCUUCCAAGACUGGCGGAUGGAAAGGCACCUUUCGCUUCCCCGGAAGCACCUUGAAGCAGGGCCAGCGCUACUGGUACUAUUACAUCAUGGAUGGCUACCACGUCUCGCACGACCCCGCGCAGUCAUCGACCGUCGAGCCAACUACUGGCCGCAAGCUGAACAUUCUUGACGUGCCCGUCGUCGGCGGAAAGGCUGCCGCUGCUCCCGCUCCCGCUGCUGCUCCCGUCGCCAAGCGUCAGACCACCCGCAACAUCUCAAUCAGCAGUAGCAUCGUCAAGGGCCGCUCUCUGUCUCCGUCAAAGAUCCAGAGCCCCAAGCCCAUCAAGCCCCACGAGACUCGCUACGUCGCGCAAGAACAGUACAUGCGUGCCCCAACCAGCAUGGCCGAUCUCGAGUCCCGCCUUGCCCGCGCUGCCCUGUCCGACUCCGACUCGGACGACUACUCGUACCUCUCCAACAGCCCGCCCAGCUCUGUCGGCUCGUCCCUGUCGUCCCGCUCCGACCGCAGCUCCCCGUCCUCGCUGUCUUCCUACAGCGACGAGUCCGUCCGCACCCCGGCCGUGUGCACUUGCGAACGCUACGGCAUCACUCGCAAGGGCGACCGCGUCAAGCUCGACUGCGGCGGAACUCGCUGCGGUUAUUUGUCCGCCGAGUCUGAAUCUGACUGCUCCUCUGAGUCGGAACACGAGGCUACUUCCACCACCCGCCGCCAGAUUCGCAUCCGCCGAUGAACGUCUUGUUAUCGUGCAGUGAUUUGCUUUUUUGUCAACUAUUCGGUGUUGUUU